AUGCUUUCAAAACUCUUCACCCUCGCGUCCCUCGCCCUCGCCGUUAACGCGGAGCACUGGAUCUUCGGUGGCAGCCGCCCCAUCGUCACCGAGCGACUUGACUCCAUCGUCAACCCCGGUGGGAUCGGUACCCACGUCCACUCUGUCGUCGGCGCCAGCAAGUUCAGCCAGAACUACGACUACGACACCCUCCGGUCCUCCAAGUGCACCACCAUCCCCGUCCAGCCCGACAAGUCCAACUACUGGGCGCCCCAGGCGUACUACAAGGACCAGCACACGGGUGUCUUGACUCCCUUUACGACCGGUUUCAACAUUUACUACCUCAAGCGCAAUGGCCCCAAGAACCAGCCCGUGAAGGCCUUCCCUGCCGGCCUUCGCAUGGUCGCGGGUAACCCGAGCCGCAAGGUUUACAACGCCUCCAACUUUGAGGACCAGGCCGUAUCCUACGUCUGUCUCGACUACUCCGGUGCCCACAACGGCGAUCCCGACUGGGCCGAGCGCCCCGACUUCUUCGACCACACCUGCCCCAACGGUAUGCGCGCCCAGGUCUUCUUCCCCUCGUGCUGGGACGGCAAGAACCUUGACUCGGCCGACCACAAGUCCCACAUGUCGUACCCGAUCCAGAACUUCAACGGCGGCGACUGCCCCGACUCGCACCCCGUUCAGCUCGUCUCCCUCUUCUACGAGAUGUUCCUCAACGUCCAGGACUUCCCCUACUACGGCGCCGGUUCCUGGGUCUUCGCCAUGGGCGACACCACCGGCCUCGGCCACCACGGCGACUUCCAGAACGGCUGGGACGUCAACCUCCUCCAGUCUGCGAUCGACACCUGCACGAACGCGAACGGCAACGUCAUGGAUUGCCCCGUCCUCGCCGCCGUCUUCGACCAGGCCGCUGCGGACGCGUGCGUCAUCGAGAGCGAGGUCUUGAGCGAGAACGUCGGCCUCGACCCCGCCCACCCGAUCACGGUCCUCCCCGGCUGCAACCCGAUCUGGGAUGGCACUGGCAACAAGCCGGCGUGCCAGCAGAACGAUGCGAUCCCGUCCUUCGUGUCCGCGCAGGAGCCGCUCCCGUCCGGAUGGCAGGCGCUCGGGUGCAUCGCCGAGGGCACCAACGGUCGCGCCCUCGCGAGCGCGUCGACCAAGUCGGACAACAUGACCCAGGCGACGUGCGCGUCCUACUGCGCGGCGAAGGGCUUCAAGUUCGCUGGUGUCGAGUUCUCGGAUGAGUGCUACUGCGGUAACUCGGUCGCGAACGGCGCGUCCACAAACCUCAUCAACGGCGACCUUUGCUCCACCAAGUGCGCCGGGAAUGCCAAUGAGAUGUGUGGUGGCGCGGCGCGUCUGACUUUGCUCACCAACUCGGGUGUGUCGGCUUCGCCCGCAGCCUCGUCUGCGGCAUCGUCUGUGUCGUCUACCAGUGCAGUGAAGACCAGCACUGCUAACACCUCUUCAGUCGCCAGCACGUCUGCCGCCUCCGCGACCACCGUCGCGACGAGCUCUAGCGCGGUCACCUCGUCCAAGGCCACUUCCUCCACCAAGGUCGCUUCCUCCACCAAAGCCGCCACCUCCGCCGUCGUGACUUCCUCGGCUGCCGCCUCCUCGACCACCAGCAACGUCGCCAUCUCCCUCCCCACUGGCGGCGCCUCCAACUCGACCGCCGCGAUCUCGGGCUGGACCGCCGCUGGCUGCCGUCAGGACGACGUGAACCGCCUCCGGACGCUCAACGUCGACGCCUUCGCCUCCAACACGAUGACCCUCGCCGCCUGCGUCGCCCACUGCGACUCCAAGGGCCACACGAUCGCCGGGCUCGAGUACGCGCGCGAGUGCUACUGCGGCGCGGCCUUCGUCAACGGCGGCGGCGCGCUCAUCGCGGACGCCAAGUGCAACAUGCCGUGCUCCGGCGACGCCACCGCGCUCUGCGGCGGCCCCGACGCGCUCACCGUCUCGACGUGCGACUCGCACGCGCCGGCCAAGAGGAACCACAAGCGCAAGGCGUUCGGGCGCAUGCACGAGAACUCGGACCUGUUCUGA